CAGGUAACUGCUCUCCAAUUUACUGCUGAUUGUAAAUUCGACAAUAAAGCUCACUGUUUGCUCAAGCACACCGAAGUUUUAACCUUCCCUGAAGAUAUUCUUGCACUGGAAAGUACUACUAAUGAUGAGUUCAUGGACUUCUUAAGGAAAAUAUGGGUGCAACCAGGUUCAGAUAAUUCUACUCAAACUGGAUUCAUUGUUGUAGGACCAAUUCCAGAAUGUGAUAACUUGCAAAUGACAACAGUUGACCACUUGCUCGAAGCAAUAAGUGGCUUUCUUUGUAAGGAUGCUGUGCUGCUGGUUGUGAGACCACUCCAAAUUUGGAGCCGCAAUGUGUCCCAUAUUUUUGGCAGCUAUCAGCCUCCAAAAUCUAGAUUUGAACCCCUGGAACAGACAUAUGACGUCAUUCAUAAAGUGCAGGAAUGGGUAGCAAGAAAGUCAGCUCCCAUGCAAUCAUCACACAGCCUUCAAUCACCAGGGAGGAGGCAAUCCUUGUUCAGGCUUCAUGUUGCUUCAGGCGGCAUUGCCUGCAUUUUUGAGUUUACAACAUAUAGAUACAUUUGGAGACAUAACCAAUGUACUCAAGGCCUCUAUCAACUUCAGUCAGAGAGACAUAACUUUAUAGAACCACAAAACAAGCCUACCUCUACAAGUACAAGAGAGACAGAUAUAUAGCAGUAAUGUAUUAUACAAGAGUUAAAUGCCACAUACUAUAUAAUUGUUGAGUUAUGGUCAGGGUUAUACGUAUUAAUAUACUGGAGGUGAGCAUGGAAGUAACUUGUUUCCAUGUUAUUUUCAUCAGGCAUGUGAAAAAACUAGCAAUAAUCUUCACCAUCUGCUGCACACUUAGCUUUUCUGAAAGGAUGAUACCUCUGUGUCGGAGUAAAUGUUUACACUUGGAAAUGGAGGUCUGUUGCCCUUCUGAUGGAGUGGAAUGGCUCAACCCCUGGCCUGGCUUGUAGA